GUCGUGUGUUUUAUUGACAAAACAGUUGCCGGGAAACUGAAGGAAAAUCAUAAAUCUGAUUUGUUCUGAUUUUUACUCAGGUCGGACGGACCCUUUACACUUUCGCCCAAAAUUAAAUUGAUUCCUCCUUAAAGAUGAUUCAGUACGACACUGUGCAGAUCAAAAAUGUGUCCUGGCAGCCCGAGCUGCAUACGGAGGGCACCUAUGUGUGCUCCUUUCCGGAGCCACCGCCGCCAGAAGCCCACUUGAAACCGGGCACCUGGCAUGGCCAUCUGGAGCCGUAUCAGCGUCUUUUCUACCACCAGACGAUGAAUUCGGUGCGCUCGAGCAAACGCUACCGGGCCAAUCCGAACGUCCCAAAGGACACACUUGACUUCUCGCUGCAGUCGCGCUACGAUCAUACGCGCGAAGCCUUUCCGGACAAAGUAGACUAUGUCAUGCAGCGGGAGACUUGCCGGGCCAUAAGCAGCUGGUCGGCACCCGGGGCGGCCAAGGAAAUCGGCGCCCAGCUCAAGUCGUUCCGGGUGCUGCGCAACACGCGCCUUAUCCGCCGCAAGCAGGAGGCCGUCCUGGGUCAUCCACUUCGCAUUGGCGGCUGUAAGGAAAAGAUCCAUCCCCAUAGUGUGAAGCUGAUUUGUAGUGGCGUCCAUAACCAGCUGGUCAACAACGGAUUUUCGCGCCAGUCCUCCGACGGCAACUUCUUCCGCUAUUAGCUCCGCUAAGGUCUUUGCCUUCCCAGAAAAAAAGAGUUUCUUGUUUUGGGUUUUAUAAACAUUAUUGGCAAUAAAUUUGUGACACAGAAGCAGUCGUCACGCCGUCGCCUCCAGCUUGGGCUGCUUGGCCAUGUGCUCCGCAUCAUCGUCAUCUGUCACCGUUUGUGGGGUAUCGUUUUGGUCCUCCUCUGCCUGCUGUUGCGAUGCUUUGUGGCGCUGCUUCUUGUUCUGGUUACGGUA